AUGCCUCCACAUUCGGAGUCGGGGCUUUCUGACAUCGUGCGCGACUGGAAGAUCGAAACGGAAGUAUACGACGCAUACAUCAAGCACAUCUUUUAUGAGAGCGGAUCAUCAGCACGAGAACGCCAUAUACGGAAAGAAGAAAAAUGGAAGCGACAGAAGCGCUUGGGGCAGGGCGGUUACGGUACAGUGUACCUGGAGAAAUGUGUUCAGGGCGAUAAGCAAGAAAAAUUACGAGCUGUCAAAAUGAUUAAGAGUCAAGACUUCAAAUACUCAAGAGAACUCGACGCAAUAAUCAAGUUUUCACAUUACAAGUACGCUCACUGCUUUGUACAAUGUUUUGGGUGGUUCGAAAUUGACGACUCCGUAUUUAUUGCCAUGGAAUAUUAUGAGAUGGGCGAUUUACAGAGAUAUCUCACAAAGCCGCUACCAGAGCCUGAAGCACGAAGAAUUACGUUUCAGGUUUUAGAAGGCCUGGAGUUUAUGCACGAGAAUGGCUUCGUCCACCGAGACAUUAAACCGGGAGUACGAUAUCCGCCUAUCGCUAUCAAUUUAUCUUUCAUCUUAAAUACCUUGGUGGUAACUGCAGGGCCGGAGUGGUUUGUCAAAAUAGCCGAUUUUGGCAUCAGCAAACGCCGGCAGCCAGGCGUCACGACCGUACGAACGAAGCAGAUAGGAACUCAUGGGUUCACAGCACCUGAGUUAUUAAACUUCAAGUCGGAGAAUACCGCAUCUUCUUACACCCAUUCUGUGGAUAUGUGGUCUUUAGGUGCAAUGGCAUACCUAAUGCUCACCAAUACCGUUCCAUUCGAAAAUUUGGGUGAUUUAUAUGAGUACGCAUAUAAAUCAUCUUCAUUCCCAUCAAACUCUUUGCAAAAGCAUCAUGUAUCGGAGGAGGGCCGGGAAUUUAUCAUGCAGCUCAUGUCUUCCAAAUCUGGGGAUCGACCGACAGCGCCAACGGCUAAGAGUCAUGGAUGGUUGCUAUGCGCCGAUACUUCUACUGAUGAGGCUGUUCAGCAGAGGUGA